GGGGCGGAUUCUGAAACGAAGUUACGGCGCCGUAUCUGCUUAAGGCGCCGUAAGUCCGGCCGUAGCGUUUCCGCUGGUAUACUCAAAACACUGGCGCGGCCAUUUUGAGGAGAGUUACGGCGCCGCAGGUUAAGGCGGGUGUGGGCAGCCCUAAGUGAGUUACGGCCGCCUCUCCCUGCACGCCUUCGCUGCUACAAGUGGAACAUACAGCUUUCAUACAGUGGUGCGCUGACCGGUGACUGAUUCUGUGUCUACUCCACAGCCAUGGAACUUCUGGCAGCACAUCUCUUUGAACGAAAUCUGAGGCGUGAGAGGAGAUACAGAGAUCCACUUGACCCUCUUCAAGUGAGCGACGAGCACCUUCUGAGGCACUAUAGGAUGCCUCGGCAUGAGAUUCUCAGACUCUGCGACGAGCUGUCUCCACUGUUAUCACGGGCAACAAAACGGGCUCAUGCUAUACCCACUCACACGCAGGUGCUUGUAACUCUGCGUUUUCUUGCAAGUGGCACUUUUCAAAAUGUUAUCGCUGAUACCACAGGACUCACUCAACCAAGUGUGAGUCGAAUAAUUUCUAGUGUGACCAACAUCCUAUAUGAGAAGGCUAAAAUGGAAAUUAAAAUGCCAACCAAUAUCUAUGAUGUGAACAGAACAGCAGCCGCAUUUAGUUUUAUAGGUGGUUUCCCCAGAGUAAUUGGUGCCAUAGAUUGCACGCACAUACCUAUUAAGGCACCUAUUGAAAAUGAACAUAUUUAUGUAAAUAGAAAGAGUUUCCAUUCUCUGAAUGUGCAAGUCAUUUGCAAUGCUGAGAUGCUGAUUACCAGCUUCAGUGUCAAGUAUCCUGGUGCCACAAAUGAUGCCUUCAUUUGGAGAAAUUGCCCUUUAAGAGACAGAUUUGAGGCUGGGACCUUCAGAGAUUUUCAUCUGUUAGGAGACUGUGGAUAUCCUCUUGAACCAUACCUGCUGACACCCUUCCAUGACCCCAUGACUGAAGGUGAGCGGCAGUACAACAGGAGCCACAAAACUACAAGGGUCAUCAUUGAACAAACCUUUGGUGUCCUGAAGUCUCGCCGCUGCCUUCACUGCUCAGGUGGAUCGCUGCAGUACGACCCCAAGAAGUGUGCUAAAAUAGCUGCUACGUGCAUGUGGCUCCACAAUAGGUGCAUAAGAAGAAGAAUUCCAAUGAUCGCACCAGUUGGGAAUGAUGAUGGUAUGAAUAAUGACAAUGACAUCAUACAUGGUGAUCACAACCCCACAGGGCAAGAUGUGAGGAGGGAAAUAGUUGAGGGCUUUUUCACCUAAAUGUAGACAGUUCAGUGACUAAGUGAUAUUAUGGUGCAUAUAGUAGUUGAAAUAAAUAUCUCAUUUGAAGAGGUAAUUCUAUUUGUACUUUUAUGUUACAUAGCAGGUGACAUAAAUAUGAUCUCAUUUAAUAACAGAUCCUGAACACUUUUGAUAUUUUGUUAC